AUGUCGAGCGCCAAAUCGUUCAAACAAGUAGAUGUAUUCUCGCAAACAAAGUUCAAGGGUAACCCAGUUGCCGUGUUCUACGAUGCGGAUGAUUUAACUGACUCUGAGAUGCAACAAAUUGCACGGUGGACCAAUUUGGCUGAAACGACAUUUGUUCUCAAACCCACCACUAGGGAAGCCAGUUAUCGACUUAGAAUUUUCACUGUUUUGGGCGAACUUCCGUUUGCUGGCCAUCCAACCCUUGGGUCAUGUUAUGCCCUUAUUGAACUGGGCUUGAUCCAACCAAAUUCAGCGGGUUUAUUUGUACAAGAGUGUGCCGCUGGUUUGGUGGAAAUCAAGCCCAUUGGAUCCUUAACCGAUUUGAGGAAUCUUGAAUUACAAUUCAAAUUACCCUACUAUCGAUUUGAGUAUUUGGUCGACCAAACGACCCAGAUGUCAGAAAUCGCUAAGCUGUUGGGCGUGUCUCAUGAGAAAAUUAUCACUGAACCAGUCCUCGUAGACGAUGGUCCACGAUGGUUAGUAGUUCAAUUGGAUGAUAAUGAGUCGGUUAUAGGUCUUAAGCCGGAUUUUAGUUAUAUGGUAGAGUUAUCCCACAAAUAUAAUUGGUCGGGUAUUAGUGCUUUUGGGAAGGACCAAUCUUCAGAAACAGAGUUUGAAUUAAGAAAUUUCUGUCCUGGUGAUCUGUUAGAGGAGGAUGCGGCAUGUGGGUCUGGUGCUGGAUCAGUAGGAGCAUACUUGGGUGCUCAUUUAAAAUCUGGCCACACGAAGUUGAAGCUUUCCCAGGGUCGUUGUAUUGGUCGUGAUGCGACACUCAAUGUUUCCAUCGAAAAUGGCGGUACAGAUGUAUUUGUGCGCGGAGCAGCAACCACAUGUAUCGUGGGAACUUAUUAA